AUGGAUUCCUCCUCAUCUUCCUCCGCAGUGGGUUUGGGCUCGGUUGACUGGCAGCUGCAGCAUUUCAUGGAGGUAGAGUCUCAGAAGCAGCACUUCCAGCAGCUGGUGCACCAGAUGACGAAACUUCAUUGGGAAAAGUGCAUGGACAAGCCUGGGCCAAAGUUGGACAGUCCAGCUGAGGCCUGUUUUGUGAACUGCAUUGGGCACUUCAUUGAUACAAGCCAAUUCAACUUGAAUCAACUGGAACAGACCCAGAAAUCCAAGCCAGUCUUCUCAGAAAGCCAUUCUGACUGA